AUGUCCGCCUCAAUCCCCCUGCAAAUAGCCGAGACAGUGCAGACAGCACACGUCAACCGCCACCCGUCCCCGCAACACGACCUGAACCCGUCCACAGCAGCCUCGAGAAAGGAACCCGUCGACCUCGAGCCAGUCUUUCCCGACGAUGGCGGCAUCGACGAAGAGACAGUCAAUCAUAUUGAGGGGGAAGAGGAAGAUGAGGACGAAGACGAGACAGAAGACGAGGAGCUCUACCGUUCGCGCAUCAAGCCGCGGCCGCGCCGGCAUCACCUCCCGCCGAUGCCCGACCUGCGCUUCGAGCAAAGCUACCUCUGGAGCAUACGGAAUGCCGACACGUGGUGGAAGGUUGUGUGGAUCACGGCGAGGGAUCAGGUUAUGAUGCCAUUUGUGCAGGGCAUUCUAUACAAUUUGGCAAUCUGCGGCUGGCAGCACUGGAACCGAAACGCCCGAAUCCACGGAUCGUCGAUCGGGGCACGGCUGAGGCGGUGGUGGUAUGGGGUCAAUAACUGGCCGAUACCGCCCGAGAGGAAGGUGAAUAUGAGAAAGGGGUGGUGA